CUCUCUUUCUCUCUUUUUUCCCCUCCCUUGUUUGCUUUGUUGCUUUGUUCUCUAUUUGGUUCGUACCGUAUUCGUACCUUGGUUGCAAGAAUCGAAGGGUGAGCCAGGUAGAGAAUACAGCGACCCGACGAUCAGGUUGCUGGAACCUCUCAAGGUGAAGGAGUGCAAGACAAAAUGGAAGAUGAGGGGUUUCCACAGGGCGAGAGAAAGUGGCAGACUUUUUUUUUUGGGUUUUUAAAUGACGUGAAGUCUACGGUAAGAAGUUUGGAGUUUGGAGUAGUUGGAGUUGAGGGCUUGCUGUUGCAUCCAGAUGAAAAAGGUUAUUGGGCGAGGUACCUUCUAGAUGGCAGCCCGGAUGAAGAAGCGACGCCAGAACGUGGGCGUGCAGCACCUCCUGCGUGGCCUUCCCAUUGGACGACCGAGGUUAGAGAAUGGCAAGUAAAACGAACAGACGACAGAGCCCUGUCCCUGUCCCUGUCUUCUUUUCUUCCUACUCCAUGAAAGAAUCAGUGGGUAGCUUACUAUCUUGUGCUGUUCUCGUGUCCUCAUGCCGAAAGAACGAUUACGAGACCACCAAUGCCUAGGUAGUUAUUGUCGCGAGCGUGAUGAUACAGCUGCGUGCCGUGAGACAAAAGUGGCGGGGCGGGGGCGGGAGGCACAAGCGAGAGCAGCUCAUACUACAGCAGAAGGGCUUUCUAGAAAUCCCACAAGCCAAGACAUGGCACUCAAGAGAAUGCAACGAGGGAGACGUAAAAACGUUCUAGACGCAGGCGUGGCACAAGCAAGGAUGACG